AUGGACAACACACAGGACAACGGCCUCAACGACACAACCAGCAACUACUCUGGCGACAGCAACGAUAACGACUACGCAACCCCCACACCCAGCAACUACUCUGACUACAGCUACCAUUACGACUACACAACCCCCACACCCAGCAACUACUCCAGGAACGAGUACUGUUUUUCUCCUCUCCUUGGCUUGCACAGUUGUGAUGCAGAUGGAUUCAUCCAGGUUGUGUUGUCAUGGCUCGUCCUUUCUAUCGGCCUUCCUUUGACCCUCGGGGCCAUCUAUGGUCUCUAUUCUCAGGUGAGAAAUGGUGAAGUUGCUCCGAUCUACGUCAUCAACCUUCUCAUCUCUGACCUCAUUCAGUUCUGCUACAUGAUCGCUGAGGUGGCACAGUUCCAUUCUGACUACUGGGUGAUAUAUCAGCUCCUCAUCUUAAUUUACGUCUACAGUCUGAUGGUCAGUGUUGGCUUCAUGGUGUGCAUCGCUCUGGAAAGGUAUUUGGUCGUCGUCCACCCACUGUGGUACCACUUCAGACGAACCAUCAAGUCCUCUGUGCUGAUCUGUGUCCUGGUCUGGAUCAUUCCUGCUGUCAUCCUUUUUAUUCCAAUUAUCUCUUAUGAUUUGAGGGUCGCUGUGGUUGUUCCCACCAUCUUUUUCCUCCUUCCUCUCCCGCUGCUCAUAUUCUUCCUGAUUGCGACCCUCAAAGCCCUGUAUGCUUCCAUCUCGGUCCCAAAUGACGAAAAACGACGAAUUGCAGGAAUGUUGAUCCUGGUGCUGCUGAAUUACACGCUGCUGUUUCUGCCCAACAUCAUUAUGUUGGUGUACUUGUCUGAUGACCAUUUCAAACGAAAUAGAUACGACCCACGUGUUGACCUUGACGACAUAAAUGGAUACAACCCACAUCUUCAACUUCUCUAUGACCUGGUUCCUAUGUUUGUUAAGUUGAGUCCUCUGGCAGACUUAGUUCUGUAUAUGUUGAUGAGGAAAGGGACCAUACGCCAGCUUUCAGCCUGUUUGUGUCGCUGCAGAACAGACAGCAAUGAAAUCAGCUCUGUAACUGUGAAUGAUGUCAACAUGUCUACAGUCACUUCAAGUCAGCAGAGAAAUAUGGAGAGAGAAGGGGAGAGAACAGAAGGAGAACUAUAG